UCCCGACGCGCCCCCACCCUCCUCCCCUUCGCGUCGCUCCCUCCAGAAGACCCUCUGAGCGGAAGGGAAGGGAAGUUGCGAGCUCCUCGCGGUUCUUUCUCUCCCUCUUGUGUCCCAGUCCCGCCGCCGCGGCAGGACGAUUGCUCGGCGCGGCGGAAGCUCGGAGGCUCGAUGACGACGAAGGAAGAGAACAUUCGAACAGAUGAAAUGGCGAACCCGUCUCCAGCGAAGAGUAUAGGCGACCCUGGAAUCACACCGCUGUCUCCUACACACAUUCAGCAGAAUGACGCAGACCAGGUCCCGUCGGGAAUGCCCUUUGUGGUGGUGGUGGCCAUUGACUUUGGCACCACAUCAAGCGGCUAUGCUUAUGCAUUCACUAAGGAGCCUGAGUGCAUUCACACUAUGAGGCGUUGGGAGGGUGGUGAUCCUGGAGUCUCCAACCAGAAGACACCGACCACAAUCUUGCUGACCCCAGACAGAAAGUUCCACAGUUUUGGCUAUGCAGCCCGUGACUUUUAUCAUGACCUAGACACCAGUGAGUCCAAGCACUGGCUCUACCUGGAGAAAUUCAAAAUGAAGCUCCAUACCACAGCGAAUUUGUCCAUCAACACGGAUCUCCAGGCAGCCAAUGGUAAGCGCGUGAAAGCUUUGGACAUCUUUGCCUAUGCACUGGCCUUCUUUAAGGAGCAAGCACUGAAGGAACUGAGUGAUCAGACAGGUGGAGAGUUUGAUAACAAUGAUGUCAGAUGGGUCAUCACUGUUCCUGCCAUCUGGAAAAUGCCUGCCAAGCAAUUCAUGAGGGAAGCUGCUUAUAAGUCUGGUCUGGUGUCCCGUGACAACCCGGAGCAACUCAUCAUUGCUCUGGAACCUGAGGCGGCAUCAAUCUACUGCCGUAAGCUCCGCCUCCACCAGAUGGUGGACUUGAGUAGCCAGACCACUCAGAAUGGCUUCAGUCCCACAGACAAUGUUGGAAGUACAAUGACCCAAGCCUCUCCAGGCCAUGCCAACAAGGAGCAUGUUCGUCGCAACCGUCAAAGUCGCACCUUUCUGGUGGAAAAUGUCAUAGGGGAGCUUUGGUCGGAGCUGGAAGAAGGUGACCGUUAUGUGGUAGUGGACUGUGGCGGAGGGACAGUGGACCUAACUGUGCAUCAGAUCCGUCUCCCAGAAGGACAUCUGAAGGAGCUUUACAAGGCUUCUGGCGGACCCUACGGCUCUCUUGGGAUCGACUAUGAAUUUGAGAAGCUGCUGUGUCAGAUCUUUGGUCAGGAUUUCAUCGACCAGUUCAAAAUCAAGCGGCCGGCCGCUUGGGUGGACCUCAUGAUCGCCUUUGAAUCGCGGAAGCGGGCAGCGGCCCCGGGCAGGGCCAACCCCCUAAAUAUUAACUUGCCCUUCUCGUUCAUCGACUACUACAAGAAGUUCAGGGGCCACAGCGUUGAACACGCCCUGCGCAAAAGCAAUGUGGAUUUUGUUAAAUGGUCCUCGCAGGGGAUGCUGAGGAUGAGCGCCGAUGCUAUGAAUUCCCUUUUCAAGCCCACCGUCGACCAUAUCAUUCAGCACCUCGACGAGCUCUUUGAGAAACCCGAGGUGAGCGACAUCAAGUUCCUUUUCCUAGUGGGAGGUUUCGCCGAAUCAGCUCUGCUACAGCAGGCUGUCCAGAACAUGCUUCAGGGCCGCAGUCGCAUUAUUAUCCCGCACGACGUAGGCCUCACCAUCCUGAAGGGGGCUGUGCUGUUCGGUUUGGACCCCAGCAUCAUCAAAGUCCGCCGCUCCCCACUUACGUACGGCGUCGGUGUCCUCAAUCGCUUCGUCGAAGGCAAGCAUCCGCCGGAGAAGCUGCUGGUGAAGGACGGAACGCGCUGGUGCACCGACGUCUUUGACACGUUCAUCGCCGCCGACCAGUCGGUAGCGCUCGGUGAGACGGUCAAACGUAGCUACACGCCAGCCAAGCCCUCGCAGCAGGUCAUCGUCAUCCACGUCUACUGCGCCGAGAAGGAGGCCGUGGGCUUCAUCAGCGAGUCCGGCGUCAAGAAGUGCGGGUCGCUUCGCUUGGAUGUCAGCGGCACGGAAAGCGCGGCCCCGCGUCGCGAGAUCCAGACGCUCAUGCGGUUUGGCGACACCGAGAUUCGGGCCGUGGCAGUCGAUGUGUCCACCGGGCGCACGGUCAAGGCGAGCAUUGACUUCCUCGGCCAUUGAGUACGGAGACGGAGAGCGAAUGUUCAAUUAUGGAAAUGGCGCAGCUCUCAUGCACAUACGACUAGUAGAAUAUUUCAAAUAUUCUAAAAUGAGGCUUAGACACUUUUGGGCUAUUCGACUAUUAAAUCAGGCCCAUCGGUUAAACCAUUUACCCAAUGCUGGCAUCGUAACUGCCCAUUUAAAUGUACUGUUUAUGCUCGAUCUCUUAUCCGCUAAAUGAUAUCGUGACACCACAAGCGCAAAGUCUCAAAGAGAAAAAAAAAAAAAAAAAACACACACAAACACGGUCUGGUUUCAUUGGAAAAUAAUGCUUCGAUGCUUUGAAUGCGCCUUUGGUAUAACGUGCUCUGCAAAACAGCUUGAGUUGAAAAGAAGCAGAAAAGACAAACGCACAGUAAGCCUUGUUGCCAAGUAGUCAUCAUGUUGCUUGUCUUUGAAUUAUACAUUUACACUGGAUUUGUGUUUGGGUCUUUUGAAUGCACCCCCCCCCCCCCAAACUGGACUUGCGACUUGCCCACUUGGAAAGGCUCAAUAUUAGCGUGCAGUCACAUUUGUUUAUUCCUGUAUAUACAGUAUUUAAGUAUUGUACAGAUUUUUAGCAUUGUGUCAAUAGCUUUAGCUCGAGUAGUUUUCCGCGCGUGCUUUCACUUCUCGCAUCGAGCGCAUUGCCCGCGACAGCACGAAAGCCGCCGUGACACCCUUUUUUUUUUUUUUUUUUUUUUGCAGGACCAACAGGUCAUUCAUUAAUUGCGCCUCCAUUGUGUUGAGCGUGUCGCAAAAGCGCUCCGCCAGCUGGCGCGUUCUCAGCGUCCGACCUCUUCAAAAUUGAUCGGAGCCGGAAUUAAUACGUACUAGAAACGUAAACCUAUGCGGAGAAUGGAAGCGUGGAUCAGCUCACUUGGCUCUCUCUCCAUAACCUGCGCGUAAAGUUUCAGCGAAGGGUCGCCAAUGCUCCGAAUGCCCGCCCCCUCGACACACCCCUCUGCAGUGGUGCAUUAUUUGUUGAACGCGAUCAGUCAACAAUCAAUUCCAUAUAAUUGAGAUUCAUCCAUCAAUCGUUGCCCGGCCCCGAUUGUUGACCGAUUGUUAGCCUAACAAUCGAUUGUUAGGCUAACAAAUUGUUAGCCUAACAAUCGUUGCCCGGCCCCCGAUUGACCGAUUGUUAGGCUAACAAUCGGUCAAUUCAUUAUUGAGCGUCCACGACACUCAGACACCGACGCUGCAGUUGUUCGCAUGUCAACAUUUCGCACGUUGGUCGGGAAUGUCAGCGGGUGAAUUCGAAGGGAACUUGUGGUUGCAGUUUGUGUUACUUGCCCCCCAAAAAAUGGCGGAUGUUGUAGCACUUUUCAUUGCCUCCACUUUUCAAUCUGUGCCUUGAAAAGUUGUCUCCGUCAGUACAUAAGCUUUAGCGAUGUUUUUUUUUUUUUUCCCAUCAUAGUGUACUUGAUGAAAGGGAUUCGACAAUUUCUGUUGGAACUAAUUGUUGCUUAACAUGAACACAAAAAUGAUUGUCAUUUGAAUUGACUUAGUUUCACAAAUGCUGUAAUGCUUACUUAUGCUGAAAGUUGCACGUCAUCGGCUAGUAUUCAUUUCCAAAUGGGAUGUGAAAUGUUACUACCGCAAUGUUACAUUGUUCUCGGCACUGGCACACGAAACGUGGAAAACAAUAUCGCAACUGCACGUAAUAACUCUUGCCGGCAACCUUGCGCUGUAGCGGUGUUCGUCGCGUUGUGCUUCUCUGUUGUUCUCAACAGUUUGUCAAAGUUUUCCGAUUUGAAAUGCAAAUCACAGCCCGUGGCGCGCACGCGUGUGGCCGCCAUCGGCUGACCUUUUUGUGUCACACGGGAAUGACCAAACAAAACCCAAGUUGACUGCGGUCACACAACCACACUUCGCCGUCGGUGGGCCCAUCGGCGUGCUGGACUUCAUCAUGUGUGGGAAGCUGUGAGGCGGCCCGUCGCAUCACUCUACGCUGAUAAGCUAUUACAUUUCUUCAGAACACGUAUGCGCGCACAAGUAAAUAUGAAGUGGGAUCAUGUAUUAAGACAAUUUCUAUCGGCUACAACUGGGUUCUUUUGCACGUGAGCCCUUUAGUUCGUUUUAAUCAAACUUAAGUCGCUCGGCGGUUCAGCAAACCUUGUUCCAUUUUUCUGACACUCGGGGGGGAAAAAAAAAAUAAAAAAAUCGUAAAAACACUUGACAUGGUUGAACUUAAUAGUCAUCUCAAUCAGUCUUCAAUCUACUAUUUGUUGUUCAUUUUUCAAUGGAUUUUGUUUUGGGGAAUCUCCAGUUGCGUCAUGUCUUUGUCCGCUAAUUUCACAUCAAUAAAAAUGUAUUCUAAGCAUUCUGAUGCUGCUAUUCAGCUUCACAUCAAUAAAAACAUGUAUAUUUCAAACUU